GGGAUGCGAAACAGGUCGAUUCGGAAGACAUCGGUUCGCUUUGCCCGCCAGUUGGAAACGGUCGGUCGUCGGGUACGCACGCGGAUGCAACCCGCUCUACUGUGACUGUGUGCGCCCGUUGGAUGAGCAAAGCGCGUGUGUGCUAGUGGUGCCAAGUGAAUUAAAGCACAGUGAAGGUUUAGUAUGUAGUGGUGAAUGUGUAACAAAAAAAAAUGCCAACAAAGUGCACACGAAGCGCGAGUAAUAAUAAUUGAAUUUUCAUCAACCACCAUCAACCGAGCGAAGGGUUGAAACAAGGAUCGAAAGUGGUAGUGGAAGGUGCAAGCGGAUAACGUGUAAUCAAACAACGACCAAACAGCGUGUGUGCGAUGACGGUGUGCUAGUGGUUGCGGCAUCAUCGGUGGUAGUGCGUGAAUGCGGAACCAGACACAAUCGAAGCGCCGAGCAGAAAUUAACCCGAGUCACCCGAGCAAGCAAGCGAGCACGUUCCACACGAGAGGAAGCGGGUUGGGGAAGCAGAAGGUCACGAAGAUGCUUCGCAACUGUGGGUGUUUUCAGCGGGCUCGGCGUAGCUCCAGCUUCGAGGACUCGUCCUCCUGCCGGUCGUCCGAGAUCGAGCGGGGCGGCGAGAUGACACCGCACAGUGGCAGCCUGCUGAAGCUGUUCACCUCGAAGGGCUGGUGCAGACAGUGGCGCAAGAGUGGCCGGGGCAUGAGCAUGACCAAGAUUGAAAGAACAAUGAAGGCGGCCAUUCUUAUACAGCGCUGGUAUCGGCGGUUUCUAGCCCGGAUCGAGAUUCGGCGGCGUUACACGUGGACCAUCUUCCAGAGUAUCGAAUAUGCGGGCGAACAGGACCAAGUACGGCUGUACAACUUUUUCAACGCACUACUUACGCACAUUCCAGAGACCGCCGGACGUCCGCUGGACUCGCAAAACACAUCCCGCUCGUCGUCCGCAGAGGCACUGAAUAUGAAAUUUUCCGACGAAUCGGACGAUCUAGCCGACGAGGGUAUUACCGGACCGGAGCGUGGCUACCAAGGGCCAGAUAUCAAGUUCCCGCUCGACAAGAAGGAGCUCGAGGUGAUCAUCGAUCUGUUCCGGAAGAAGAAAAACCGCCUGCACGCGAAGUACGUGGCGGGGAUACUGCGGGAAGCGACGUCGAAGCUGAAACGGUUGCCAAAUUUAAACCAGGCGUCGACCGCCAUCUCCAAACAGGUGACGAUCUGUGGUGAUCUGCACGGGAAGCUGGACGAUCUGCUGGUCGUGUUUCAUAAGAACGGACUGCCAUCGCCGGAGAACCCGUACGUGUUCAAUGGGGACUUCGUGGACCGGGGUAAGAAAGGGCUGGAGGUGCUGCUGCUGCUGCUCUGCACGUUUCUGGUGUUUCCGGGCGGCGUGUUUCUCAACCGGGGCAACCACGAGGACACGGUCAUGAACGCUCGGUACGGCUUCAUCCGGGAGGUGCACCAGAAGUACAAACACAACGCCGAAAGACUGCUGAAGCUCAUCGACGAGGUGUACCGGUGGCUUCCGUUAGGGACGAUAGUGAACAACCGUGUGCUGGUCGUGCACGGCGGCAUUUCCGACUCGACCGAUCUCGAUCUCAUCCGCAGCCUGGACCGUGGAAAGUAUAUAUCACUAUUGCGGCCACCCAUCACCGAAAGUACCGCCCCGGGCGCUGAAAUCAUCGAUAAGGUGGAAUGGAAACAGGUGUUCGACAUACUGUGGAGCGACCCGCAGCACACCGAGGGCUGCCGGCCGAACUCGUUGCGCGGAGCGGGCACCUACUUCGGACCGGACGUCACUAGCAAGUUCCUACAGCGCUACAAGCUCCAGUAUCUCGUCCGCUCGCACGAAUGCAAACCGGACGGGCAUGAGAUAAUGCAUGGUGGCAAGGUCAUUACUAUCUUCUCCGCAUCGAACUACUACGAGAUUGGCUCGAACAAGGGUGCCUAUCUGAAGCUGGAUCCGCAGCUGGACACGCACUUCGUGAUGUACACGGCGGCCGCCUCCAAAACGCGCAAGCUCACGUUCCGCCAGCGGGUGGGGCUGGUGGAAAGCUCGGCCCUGCGGGAGCUGGCAGCGAAGCUGCGCGAGCGGCGGAUAGAGCUGGAGCGGGAGUUCAAGUCGCGCGAUCCGGAAAACAAGGGUGUGCUGCCGCUAGCCAAGUGGUGCGAGGCGCUGGAGAGCGCCACCAGCCUCGGUUUGCCGUGGCGAAUGCUGAAGGAUAAGCUUGCACCCGCCGAUAAUCCCACUGCCAGUACGGUCGCAACGGUGACGGAAGUCAGCUACCGGAAGACGCUGCAUCUACUCGACACGGACUCAUUCAAAUCGGCCCAAAACGGUACCACCUCCGUGGCGGAAUCGCUGUACAAAAACAAGAGCAGCCUGGAAGCGAUCUUCCGCAUACUGGACAAGGACAACUCGGGCCAGAUCUCGCUGGAGGAGUUCGGCGAGGCGUGCGAGCUGCUGCGGCGCCACUUCCCGCACAACACGCACGAACAGCUGCUCGACAUGUGUCGCAUGAUGGACAUCAACAAGGACGGGCUGGUCGAUCUGAACGAGUUCCUGGAAACGUUCCGGCUGUGCGAGAACGCCAAGGAGCAGCUGCUGAUGAGCCUCGAGGAGCGCGCGAUAGCGGAGAGCAACGGGAACGGGUCGGGCAGUGCGCUCGACACCAUUGAUCUGCAGCCGUCGGGCCCGGCGGCGGCGGCGGACCGAAAGAAGGACGGCCUGCCAGACAGGAAUGGGAACUGUGCGGCCAAGACUGCCAGGGAGGACUGCCAGGGCAAGACGGAUGGGCGCCGGCGGAGCAAGAAGCGUGCGAGCGGCAAGCGAGCCAACAACGGGCCGGAGAACGGGGCGCCGGAAGCGGACGAGGACACGGACGACUACGAAGACUACGAGGCAAACGAGCCGGAGGAGGGCGAGAGCAGGGAGAAGAGCGCCGGCCCAGUGAACGGUACAGUUAUAAGCGCAUCCAACACUGCCGCUGUCGCUAAUAGCACCGCCAACGGUGACACUCACAAGGACACCAUCGUCGCCUAAACGGGGCACAGGCUUAUGAGUGUUUCUUUUCCUAUCUCUCUCUUUCUCUGUGUGGAUGUGUUCGUAUGUGUGUGUGUGUGCGUGUUUGCGUGUAUGUGAUUCCGAUCUCCAAAGUACCUCCUCCAAGUUUGUUGCUGUGUUUCUAUCGCUCCUCUACCUUCCCAUCUCACUGUACACUGUUUGUAUCCGGCGUUUAGUACCGUGACUCCAAGUGCGAUGGAACUUGGAAAACAAGUUCCAAGAUUCAGAAGGAUUUGAUCAGUGGAAUUGAGCGUUACCUGAAAGAAGGAGAGAAAGGGAAGUGAACGUGAGGCAGAAGAGGUAAAAGGUUUCCCGCACAUUCUUCCGGCCCUCGUACGGUUGCCCACCGUUGCACACUUUACAGUUUACAGGCAGCGUGUUUGACCCAGCAGUACUACAACAAGAUGAAGCUGUCAAGGAGUUUUACAACAACAGUGGUGGCUUUGGUUUUGACACAUGGCUUCUCAUUAAGCUCACCUGUUGGCUUAUGGGUUAGCAGCAGUACCGGAUCAGGUAGGAGCACACAGAGCUUUAACACAACAAUGUUUAAGAUUGUAAAAGGGACAGCUACAUCUACAUCUCAACAUCUCGUUGAGCGGUGGAUUACUCUGCAUAGUGGAUUACCCUUUUUCAUUCAAACAGUAGGUACGUUCAAGCUUUUUAUUUUUCUAUCCUUGCUUCAUGUUACCUUCAUGCUGAUUGCACAUUUAGUGUUACGUUACCGUUUACUUUUACGACAAUCGUACUACAAGUUUUAUUGAUAGUCUGGUGUAAAACAGUAAUGUUUAAUCAUUGAAUCGUUGUAGAUGUAAAUUGGCUUCUCGAACUUCAUCUACAAAAUGUCUAUUCCUUCUCAGAAGGUUAAAGGCUGUUCGCUCUUUUAAACGUGGUUAAUAUCCUCAUCAAUGGUCUGAUGAAUUGAUACUCUUUUUUUCAUAAAUUUAGGAGUGAGGAACUACUUUCAAAAAUACUUUUGGCAACAAUUUAAUGUAAUCAGUGAAGUGAGUUUUGUGUUGAAUGGCAAGACUUUUCCUAAGGUAGGUAAAACUUUUCCCGUCAAUCAAAUACUUAAGCUGACUUAUAAAGAAAUACGUUACUCAGACAGCUUAUUCAUUACAAAUAUCUUUUGUAGUAUGAGGAAGCAUCCUUCUCUCUGUCAAGUAUAUGCAAACGAAAACUUUCAACGUUAAAUUAAAUGCAACAUCCUGCAAGCAAGUUCUUCCAUCAUGAAUGAACGGACCUGUACCGAACAGCCGGUAAGGAACAGACAGACUUAUGUAUUUGAUUUCCUCAAAACUCCCUCAAACCGAUAGGAGCAGUGUUGAAUUUCUCUAGGCAUGUAAUUCAACCUUGUAUGCACAGAAAUGUAUUCGAUUUUGUAGGGUAUGUUCAGUGGCCAGGUGUGUGUCUGAUUUUUGCCGUUACUGGCGAUCACUGCCACCAUACAUGUCUUGUUAGUGAAAAGACUCCUACCUUCGACGCUGAAGUGGAACGAAGCGUCAAUCACUGUCAGUGGCGUUAAAGGAAGGAUUUCUGAAAAAGUUCAUUUUGCCAAGUGUAUCGAUGCUUGAAAUGUUUUACAUAUUCACAACCACUAUUUUAUUUGGCGUGUUAUGUGGUAGUGUAGUGUCCAACCGGAGCUUUAAGAGUGAGGGGUUCAUAUUACUAAACGAGUGUAAAACACAAGUUGAAGUAUGGAUUGAUAUUGUGCUUAUUUAUGACCUCUAACCAAAUAAAGCAUUGAAAUGAAUGAAAAAGGCAUCAGGAAUUUAAGGAUCGAGCUCUGAGAAUGAUGUUGUGUUGCGUAAAACAAACCAAGCAAGUAGCAACACAAAGCAAAAAUGCACACCUGAGACAUGGAAAUGGCACCCAAUCUAGCACUUUCUGACACAAUCCAUUACGGCUAGAGUAAUUAACCUGGAGUAGCAAGUGUGUGUGUGUAUGCUUUGUGAUGCCCCAUCACUCAACACGUGUGUGCCAUGCUGCCAACAUCACUAAGGGGAACGGGAAGCGAAUAAUUGCGAUUAGCCAGGGAGUGGAAAGACAAAGACCCACUUAACUCAUUCACAAACACACACACACACACCGUCACACGUUUUCGGAAGGAGAGAGCAUGCUCAAGUUUUUGCUUCAUUUCCGGCUGUAAUCAACUGGAUAAAUGGCACUUUUUCCUGCUCCAAACCCAUGAUGUGGGUGCUGGGUGCGUUUGCCGGUGUGGGCGAAAGCGUUAUUCAUCGCAGCGCCGCGUGGUACAUUUUGUUCAUCGAGUCGGUAAGGUUUUUCAGAAUGUGUACUUGGUUGCUCGAUGCUGUGUAAUGGUACUGGUACGCAUGCACCAAUGCGGUAGAAGCGUUUGCUGAUUAGCAGUUGAUAGACAGGUGACCAUAAAAGCAUUACUCCAACGUCGUUAGCCGUUGCGAAACUGGUGAAGUGCUAAAUGACUUCAAUUAACGCUAGGCUGUAAGUAAAGGUACAUGCAAUAGUUGUGUGCCAUACUAGGUGUCAUUUGUUCCCACUUUUCUCGUUAUAUUUGGUUACCAUUAUAGCUCGAUGUCACAGAACGUUUCAUUAACCUUUCGUGUUUGAUUAACGGACUUUUUGCGUAUUUUCAUUUCAUCCAUUCAGCUUCAUCCCCGAUAUCAAAUCAUCGUUCUUCUCGCUCACAACAGAAUUGAAAGGCCACUUUCUUGCUUGCCUGUCCCCCCCCCCUCCUCCUCCAUCCCAAACAGUCACAAUACUUAAUGUGUGCACUUUAGUAGCGUCUCUUUCUGCAGGCUACAGCGCUGUUCUUCUUAAUGUCAUUAACGUCAAUAAUGUGUCACUUUACUGGCUGCGUGUAUGCGAAUGGGCCACUCUCACUUGCCAUCAUCAUCAUCAUCCUCCUUCAAGUCUCCGGCAGCAACACAACAACAAUGCCACCGAGCGUUGAGAAGAAAGCAGUGAACGCCGAAGCUCCUGCUUGCCUCCGGGGUGGCAAGGGCCACGUACCGUCUCGGCAUCGGUUUUGAUUCUUAUACUUUAUUAUUUCUCAUCCAUUUUUACUGGCUCGAUUCUGGUCGCCCGAAUCGUUGGCUGUUUAAAUGACACUGAGUGUGUGAAAGUGUGUGUGUGUGCGUGUGAUAAAUGUUCAUACAGCCAUUAGAUAAAGAUUUUAUGAAGGAGAGUAAAAGCAGAAGCGUUGUCAUUACAUUGCCUUAACUUGUCGAACAGUGUGGCAUUGUUGGGCUGGUGCUGAAAGGUUAAAAUAAUGUCUCUGAAUUUCGGUGUGCAUUAUUCGCGCUUCAAGUUUAAAUCGAUUAGAGAGCAUUUAUGGAAGUGAGCUUUUGCGUUGGAAGCGUGGGGUGACAUUAUCGUUGCCUUUGACAAUGGUUAGAAGCCAUUGAGUGCAUUUGAUUUUAAUUAAAUUCAAUGGAUGAAUUCGUUUGAACGUAGAGAGAACAUGUUUCCACGAAGAGGAACAUUCAAUCUAGAGUGUUCUGUGCUGCUGCUAACAUAAUUCAUUUUGGAGCUUCUUUUCAAGCAUAAUUUUGAGAUUGAAAGCAAACAUUAAUCUCAAAUAUAAUGUCUUCAAACAUCUAAAAUUAUAUAAACUAACAAAAUUAAUUAUUUUUAAAGUUUAUUAACAAUUUAUUUUUUAAAUUUUCCGAAAGCUUUCCGUUGAGCUUUUUUGCUAUGAAGCACCAGGCUUCUCCAUCGAGCGCAUCAAAACAGGGGGUUUAAUAUUUUUAUCGCUUCAAAAGCAUCAAAAAGGUCACACACACACUCCAAUUCCCCGGAUGGAUGUUAAAAAAACAUUUCAACGAAAUCGAAAUAUUGUUCCCUGCACGAUCCAAUUUUCCUAGGAACGAUAAAACCGAAACCAACCCGACCUGGUUUGCCCCGUUUUUCAAGCACCAAAGUAGUAGAUCCACUUCACUUAAGUGUCGUAAAAUGCUGCUGGUAUUAUUUUCUGAGCACUUUCCUUCCUUCAUACACGAUAUUGUAAACUUUCUGUUCCUGGUACAAUGGCGCUACAUCCUAUUUGAGCGUGGUUCAGAUUAUUUUUUGGUAUUUGAAAUUCAGAAAUACCCUUCUGCCCCUGCUGCUUUUCGUAAUCAGAAAGCUGAUUACGGUGUGAAAGUUUCCGUUUCGGCCAACGUGUACUACCUGCGCUUUUCUCUUAGCCGGCGGGCUAAGAUCAAAGCUCGCACAAUCACACCAGCGUGCCAAAUGUGAUUUGUACGGUACGGCACGUGCCGAGCGUUGGUGCAGAUGGCAAAACUUUGCCUCUAAAUGGUUGUGGUUUUUUGAUUUUCCCUUUUAUCUGACUUUUUGGAAGAAUGGAAGGAAAGAAUGUGGCCCGUUUCCGGAGGCAAGGGCACGACACAUUCCAAAAACCAGUGCAGGAAAGACAGGAAGUAUAGCAGCUGUUGUGAGCUAAAACCGGGUGAAAAAAGAACGUUGAAAAGGAAAGUGAAGAAAUAAUUUGGUUGGAAGGUUAGGUUUCCCUUUUUUUGCAUUACUUCUUUAACGCGAAAUAAUGUGACAGUGGUGUGAAUAGUCCACACACAUACACAUACACACAGGCAAAGAAGUGACACCAAGUGAAUGUAAAGUAUGCAAACAGAGAAAAUAAAAUUAUUCUCAGCCGUUUGGUAGGUUGAAUAUUGAAUCGGAGGUGAUUUUUGCUCCCUUUCUUCAUACAGUUUCACAUUGCAGAUUCACUUUCUUCGAAAUGAGAAAUGAGAAGCAACAUCCAUUCUCAUUACAGUUCAUUACUGCUUAACAUAGCAAAGGUUUUUUUUUUUUUUUUUUUUUUUUUUUAUCUAAAUUAACUGACUCGUGAAGGUGAAAAUUAGAUGGCAGCUUCAUUUCUGGUGACCUUGAAGGAGGAGGAACAUGUUGGUGCAUUUUGUUUCUUUUCUAUCUGACUUCUUUCCUCCAUAAAUACUCUCGAUGAUUGCUUUCGUAACAAGUUGAGCUACUGUUUGUGUGUGUUUGCGUGUUUUCUGCUCGUAAAUGGGAGUCUACGCUACUACAAAACGACAGACGAGAUCGCAUGGAAACUUGAAAGGGAAAGAAAAACACGCAAAUACGCGAGAAACGCAAUGAUACAUUUCCAAAAGUUUUAAAUCUGUUUGUGUCGUUUUCCGGGCGGUAAGGGACUGCUUUCAAGCAGUGUAGGAAGUGUGAGAAAGUCAGGAUGAGCUCAGGCUGUGCAAAACAAACAAAAAAUCAUAUCCUAUUUCGAAUUGAAAUUGGGAAAGUGAAACAGAUUAUGGUUACUGUGUUGGGGUGGGUGCGAUAAAAACUCUCCGUCACCGGAAACGGAAACUGUUUGUUAUUAUUAACAAAAGCGCGUUGCCCGAAGAGAAGGGAUACGCUGUGCUGUAAAUAUUUCUCACGACAAGCUUAUCUCAGUUUUUUGUUCGUUUUUUUUCUGCACUCCAUUCUCUCCAACGUGAGAGGUGGAGAUUAAUUUUUCCUUUAGCUUUCGUACAGCUUUUCUUUAAACGUUUCAAAAGCUCGAAAAUACAGCGCAAGUCGUACUGGACUGCAUCCGCCUGCGCUAUAAUCCUUUUUGCCAUGUAUGAAAGUAAGCUUGGCUGCAUUUCUACACGAUCUACUUCACAUUUCUACGCUCAGUGCACAUUCCGCUUGCAUUCCAGCGGGUGAAGCAACCCCUCUCAAGCGUGUUUAAGAUCCACUGCACCGUGAAUGGAAGGCAUUUCACUAUCGGUAAGCUUCUUACAUACCCAACGGUUUUCUUUUUUCGAAUUAAAUUUCAUUUCCUGUCGCACUGGUGUUAACUAAAGUGCUCCGAAAGUCCACACUCACACCAUAUCGCUCAUCCGCUCGAGAGUGAGUUGCAUUAUAUUUGUGUGAUUUUUUCAACACACACACACACCUUCAGGUUUUAAACUGUGUAAAAUUGUGCAUGAAAUGUGUAGUUUUAUUUCUUUAAUUUCCUCCUUCUGUCUCCCGUUUUUAUACCAAAAAAAACUGCGUCAUUUGGCUUCUGGGUCUUGCAACUGGCGCAAUUUUAUGUAUGGCAGCUCCAGCGGUGGCAGAACACUCUCCCAAAGGUCAACGCUGGGCGGAAGAGGUUCGUCCAAGGCCAAGGAUUGCAUUUGCGUAAACGGUGUAUGCUUCCGGUGGGUGGUCGGAAAAUGCGUGAUGCGGGAAUUGUGUUUAUGUGUAUGUGUGUGAGGUGCGGAUAUGCGGUAAGCGAGUGUGCAUGGUAGGAAUUUUAUAGAAUUUAAAACUGCAACAGACAUGAAACGAAUCUCGUGGGAACAAAAUGAGUACACCGACGCUUAGAUGUUAUCGAUUCCUAUACACGUUUUAAAUGUUAUCGUAUCUGUGAAAGGAAAGUGGCAGACAAAUAGAAGGGCAGAUGAUGAAGGAGAAGGAAAUGAUGAAUAGAAAAUAAAGAGAAAGAGAAUGAAAGAGAGAUAGCAAGAGAGAGAAAAGAGAGGAAGAGAGAGAGAGGGCAAAAGAAUAGUAAGAUAAAAAAGAAAUUCAUUAUCAAAGUAAAACCAAUGUUUCAAAUUAGCUAAACAAAAGCGCAAAGCGAACUAAAAAAAAGGAAAAUAAGAAACGUGAAGACAAAAGUAAACUCCAAACAUUGUGUAUGUGUUUAAUGUCGUUUUAACAUAACGACACAUCUCAAAUUCAACAAGAAACAAACCCACUCAACCGAAACAGGACGGUUUCCCAGUGUUAGUAGAUAAAGCGAGAGAAAUACUCUAUGUAACGUCACGGAAAUGAAAGAAAGCUGCUAAAAACUAAAAAAAAAAAACAUAACACAAAACUGUGUGAGCCAAAAGAAAUGAAAUCUUAAACGUAAAAUGAUAAAAUCAUACACAGUAGAAACACAUCAACGCAAAUUAUAAAACCGAUAUUAAAAGCUAGUAGCAAAACCAUAUUUAAACUUACUGUAAUGGACGAACGAGCACAGUUUAAACAAAUCCACUUGCACGAAAUUCCCAUUUUUUCGAUCUUCGAUAUUCCUGAUAGUUGGUCUAGCUUAUCGCCAAGCAUGUAGCGUACUGGUGGUUAUACACGAAGUUAGAUGAAAGAUGAAACGAACGAGAAGAAAGGUUUAGCUAAAUUUGCCAUUUGCCAUUGUACUCCUACAUUAUAAAAGACGAACACACAUCUAUAUACAUAUAUGUAGCUGUUUUAUAUCGAAUCGCCGUUAUAUCGAAAAUUUCCUAAUACAAGGAUAGAACUAACUAGUGGAGACUUUUAAGAGAAGAAAUAAACGUUACAGAGGAUAAGAAAGAGUGGGAAAAUUGGAUUGGUUAAGAGUAGCAAAUGGAACUAUAAAAUCUAUAAAACUAUUUGUAUCAAAGUCAAUGCAAAAGCAAAGCGAAAGGUUAAAAGAAUAACCGAAUAGCUUAACCAUUGUUGCUAAAUAUCAUCCUCAAGAAUGCCAAAGAUGUUACCAACUUUUCUAGCACGAUGAAACAAAGCAGAGGGAAGCGGGAAGAAACAAACAACUACGAAAUGAUAAAAUCAUUUUUAAGCUUUACUAAACAAAACAUGGAAACCAAAACAACAACAUCUAAAGUCGUAGUAGAAGGUAUCUUUAUUUAGGUUUUGUAUUCCGUUUCGGUUUAAAUGUCACUUUGUGCGCGUAAAGUUAUGUUACUGCUAUGGUUUAGUGUGUACGGGCGGACGGUUCUCUUUUAUAGUACCAUUUAUUAGGCAAACUGCGUUAACCAUUGCUAAAUGCUCAGUGGGAUGAGCGGGUAAGGGCAGACUCGUGAUCAGCGUAACGGAGUCAGUGAUUGAUAGUGUAAUAAAGUACUGAUUUUUCUUCGCUCUUGGUUUAA